AUGGCGUUUGCAGAGGGCUAUCUGGAGACAUUUUAUGGCUUUAGGCCAGUACUGGGUCGUCCGAGGUGGCUGGCGGCGUUUGGCUCCAAGGGCUUUACAGCCAAAGUAAAGGAGAUGCAGAGAUUCUUCGGACUGGCUACGAGCGGCGAGCUGGACCAACAGACCCUCGCUGCCAUGACCAGGGGCCGCUGUGGUCUCUCAGACACCGAGCAGUUUGGGGAGACCACGCGCUGGAGGACACGUACCCUGAGCUACAGGAUCUCCAGCUACAGUAGCCAGAUGAAGCCCCCUCAAAUCCGCAAAGUGUUCAGAGCAGCAUGGAGGAUCUGGGCCCGAGCAACACCUUUGAAAUUCAAGAGGACAAGUACAGAGGCAGACAUUGUGAUUUCCUUUAAUAUCAAAGAUCACGAUGAUGGCUCUCCAUUUGAUGGGCCAGGCGGCACCCUGGGCCACGCCUUUCUCCCUGGCCCUGGCCUUGGUGGGGAUGUGCACUUAGAUGCUGAGGAGAACUGGACAAGCAGCACCACAGGCUAUAAUCUUUUUGCUGUUGCUGUUCAUGAGUUUGGGCAUGCCCUUGGUCUCGCUCAUUCAUCUGACCCUGGAGCAGUUAUGUUCCCAACCUAUCAGUUUGACCCACACACUGAUCUGCAGCUAUCCUUCCAGGAUGUCCAAGACAUCCAAACACUCUAUGGCAAGAGCCCAAUCAAACCUGGCAAACCACCUCCAAAAACACCAGAUAAAUGUGAUCCUGAGCUUUCAUUUGAUGCAGUAACAGGAUUUCAAGAAGAGCUCAUCUUCUUUAAAGAUAGGUUUAUGUGGAGAGCCCAUCCCACCUUUGAAGAAAUAAAGACUACACUGAUAAGAAGCUUGUGGUCUGAUAUGCCCACAUACAUAGAUGCUGCAUAUGAGAACAAUGGCACCAUUGUCAUUUUUAAAGGCUCUCAGUACUGGGAGGUGAAGGGUUUGGAUAUGAAGGAUGGCUUCCCGAGGGACAUCUCUGAUUUCGACUUUCCACUCAAGAUUAGGUCCAUUGAUGCAGCCCUUCAUUUUCGGGAAAGCCAGUUUACUGUGUUCUUCACUGGAGAAGAAUGCUGGAGGUAUGAUGAAAAACAGAAGCAAAUGAUUGAUGGUUAUCCGCAAAUGAUAAUGCAUGAGUGGCCCGCGGUCCCCUCGCCGGUGGAUACUGCAGUAGCAUAUGGGGGUCUUGUCUAUUUCUUCAUUGGGAACCGGCAGCUGGAAUUCGACCCCAAACUCCAACACAUCACAAAUAAAAUGCCCGCAAACGCAUGGCUCCGUUGUGGAGGACAAAGAACCAUGAUCAACAUGGCCAUAGCAAACAACUCUUAA